UUUGCCGCACAUUGUUUUGUUGCGUGUGUGUGUGUGUUGGUGUGUUUGCAUGCUUGUGCGCUACGGUAAAGAUCGGAACGGAAAACUCAUCUGUUUCUCAUCUGGCGAGCGGUGGCGACGGCGGAAGCGGAAGUUGAUAUGAGUCAGAAAAAGCAAUAGUCGGUGUUGUAGCGUAAGAAAGGGCUAGUUGCGGUGUGCUUACUGUUAAGUUUUUAUAUUAACUACGUUAAAACUCGCACAAACGCCAGCAUGUGUUCUAUAGUGUCGGUGCGAUGCAGCAGCGGUGGCGCAUUUGCGGGGCUAGCGAUGAUGACGAUGAUGCUGGCACUACUGCUGACGACGACAAUCGUUAGCGGCGACAAUCAGAUAGAGCUUACGGAGCAACUUCCAACCGUAAUGGUGGCAGUGCUGGUGCGCAACAAAGCGCACACGCUGCCGUACUUCUUCUCGUACUUGGAGGAUCUCGACUAUCCCAAAGAUCGGAUGUCAUUGUGGAUCCGUUCGGAUCAUAAUGAAGAUCGCAGCAUAGAGAUUACCAAAGCAUGGCUGAAGCGAACGUCCUCGCUGUACCAUAGUGUGGAUUUUAAAUACCGCAGCGAGCGAGGAAAGCGCGAAAGUGAGAAAACUAGCACACACUGGAAUGAGGAACGGUUUAGUGAUGUGAUUCGCUUGAAGCAGGAUGCACUACAAGCCGCAAGAAUGAUGUGGGCCGAUUAUAUCUUCUUCAUCGAUGCCGAUGUGUUCCUAACAAACAGCAAUACGCUGGGCAAGCUGAUCGACCGGAAGCUGCCGAUCGUGGCGCCCAUGCUCGUGUCCGAUGGGCUGUACUCCAACUUUUGGUGCGGCAUGACGUCAGACUACUACUACCAGCGGACGGACGAUUACAAAAAGAUACUCAACUACGACCAGAUCGGCCAGUGGCCGGUGCCGAUGGUGCAUACUGCCGUGCUGGUUAGCCUUAACAUUGCCCAAACGCGCCAGCUAACGUUUGAGCGGAAAAACCUCCCGGUCGGGCGGUACGAUGGGCCGGUGGAUGAUAUCAUCAUAUUUGCCAUGUCGGCAAACUACUCAGGAAUUCCGAUGUAUGUGUGCAAUGAGCUGCUUUAUGGGUACAUCAUGGUGCCGCUGGAGGCGGGUGAAACAGUGCCGGGCAAAGAUUUGGAACAGUUGACCAACGUGCUCAGCUACAUCGUGAAUGAGUAUGGGGCGCUGUCGUUGAAGCAGGAUUUAAGCCGAUUCGUUGCGGAUGUUCCAAAGGACAAACUGUCCCUCUCCCACAUCUACAUGAUCAAUCUGGAGCGGCGUACGGAGCGACGUACGAAAAUGUUGAAGCACUUCGAUCUGCUCGGCCUGGACGUGGAACACUUCCCCGCCGUCGAUGGGAAGCAGCUGAGCGAUAAGAAAGUGUACGAUAUGGGCAUCCGCUUUCUGCCCGGUUAUGCCGAUCCCUUCCACAAGCGCCCGAUGACGAUGGGAGAGAUCGGUUGCUUCCUGAGCCACUACAACAUCUGGGAGCGUAUGGUACGGCUCAACCAGCAGGAAGUGCUCGUGCUGGAGGAUGACAUCCGGUUCGAGCCAUUUUUCCGCCGCCGGGCGUACGGGGUGCUGGCCGAUGCACGUCGCAUCGGUGGCUGGGAUUUGAUCUACUUCGGGCGGAAGCGGCUCCAGGAGGAAGACGAAAAGUGGAUCGAUGGAUCGGAGUACCUGGUGAAGGCGGGCUACUCGUACUGGACGCUCGGGUACGUGAUCACGCUGGAGGGAGCGAAGAAGCUGCUGCGCGAGCAACCGCUCAGCAAGCUGCUGCCGGUGGACGAGUAUUUGCCGAUCAUGUUCGAUAACCAUCCGAACGAUAGCUGGACGAGCCAUUUCCGCGACCGGACGCUGAGUGCCUGGAGUGCGGCACCGUUGCUGCUGUACCCUACGCACUACACCGGGGACGAGGGGUACAUCUCCGACACGGAGGACUCGCUGCGCAUCGAUGGAACACUGCCGGCUGUUGGAGGGCCAAGCAAGGGUAGCUCGGGAAUGGUUAGCAAUGAUACGCGGGACGGUGGCCAGGGUCAGGCCAGCCAGGAACCAAAGAAGGGGGACAAGGAGCAGCUGCCGAAUGCGCCGGCCUUGCUGAGCGAGUCGGGCAUUGGGCAGGGAGAGCAUGAUUUGGAGACGAAAAACAGGCGCAGUGAACUUUAGCGUUCAAGAGGGAAAAAUGCCCAAAAGCGCACGAUGAAGGAUCUGAUGAUGGACACUGGGAAUGUCCUGUAGCAUUUAUACCAAAAAAAAAACGAACAUUGGAUCAACCCGUAGAAGAAUGGAAUUGCGAUAAUAUUAAUGUGCCUUAUAUCGAUAUUAGUAGGUAAAACCAGCAGGAGGAGACCACUUUGACACUAGCCAUAACACAAGCCAUAACGUAUCAGUUUUCCUUUUAGAUGGAAUUGUUUCUGAAUACAAUAAACAGUUAGUUGUAACAACACGUGUAAUCUGAAA